AAGUGGAUGCAUGUGUGAUCAACCCGUGUAUCAAUGGCGGCACUUGUCAAGAUCAAGGAUCUCAAAGUUACACCUGUGACUGCACCGCCCUCUGGCGGGGAACCAAUUGUGAAACACCAACAGAUCGUUCCAGUUUAACAUAUGGAAUCUUCUUCCUUGGUAUAUUUGUUGGAAUUUUUGUAUUAUUUGCUGGAUUAAUUGGCUACAUGAAGAUUAAACAGAAAACAAUUGUAGACAAGAAAAGUAAGGACAGAAGAAAAGAUGUAUAUAUGGCAUAUAUGACAGACACUGGCAAUAACAAUCCAGUAUAUCAAGAUCUCCAACAUAUUAGGCCUAGGGAAACAGAUCCAAAUCCAGUAUAUCAUGAUAUUAGGGAAACAGUUGACGAUUACAUUACGCCUAUACCUCAAGACACAAAUGAAACAGAAACAGGUUACUGUACGUCUAUCGUCAUGACAGGAAAAUAAAAGAAAUUAUUUUAUCUUUAUUUAAUCUCAAUCUUUACACCACAUCAGUAUAGGAUAUGUGGCUUUGCGCUAAAAUGGUUCGAUAGCUUUCAUCACGAUAGGUUUCAGAGAGUCCAUUUUAGGGGCUCUUUUUCAUCCUGGGUACCUGUCUUGUCUGGAGUCCCCCAUGGAUCAGUGCUUGGACCAACUUGCCGUGCAUGAUGCCUGUAGAUUUGUCAGAGGGCAUUUUUUUUUUUUUUUAAA